AUGGCUCAUUCGAUGACCUCGACUUUUCAUGAUGAUCAUGCACCUAUUCCGUUUUCAACGGCCUUAGUUUUGGCGGUUGAAGAUCAUACACCACCGAGAGAUCUCAAAAAUCGCAUAAACAAGUCGACGAGGGGUUUGAAAAGACGCCACUUUGAUAAAGAUUUGAAGCACUCAUGCGAUCAUCGAGUCAACGUGGGAGGCCUCUGUUUCGUUUGCGGUUAUCAACUUUCUUCAAAUUCAUCAACAAUGACCAACUACGCUGAUGAAAUGAUACCACUUAAAUAUGUAUUGGACGAUUUCUCUCUAACCAAAAAGGAGUUUUUCCUUUUCCGUUGCACUAAUUAUCGGACAAACCUCAUCGAAAAGAAGAAGCUUUCUCUCAUCCUCGAUCUUGACAAUACUUUAAUUCAUACCAUCUCAUUCGACGAUUUCUUAAAGGAAGACCACACUAGGGACUCCAAAUCCCUCUCAGAAAAAGGAAUCGUUACUUUUAAGAAGAGGAAGAUCUUAGCGAAGAUAAGACCAUUCGUGACCUACUUCUUAGAAGAAGUGAGCAAAUUGUUCGAGCUUUAUAUUUACACGUUGGGAAGUCAAUCGUACGCAAAUGCCUUUGCGAAUAUGUUUGAUCGGGACGAGGCCCUUUUUGAUUGGAGGGUUAUUUCGAGGGAUGACUGCACAACCAAAGGCGAGAAGAAUCUUGACGUCGUGCUCGGAGGGGAAGAGAAGGCGGUGGUGAUUGUGGACGACAAAGAAUCUGUUUGGCCAAAACAUAAGGAUAAUGUGAUACAAAUUAAACCUUACUAUUAUUGGCAAAAUGAUAAGAAAAAGACCGAGUCAACGGAAGACUCCAUUAAUUACGUUAAUGGCGACGAUGUAGAGUUGUUGAUUAUGUUGUUGACACUAAAGAACCUUCAUAGAAGUUUCUUCGAUUGUGAGAGGAUUUAUAUUCAUGAGAAUGAUGUUAGGCACGAAAUCAAGUGUGCAAGAGAGUAUUACUUAAAACCUAAUCAUGUAAUCUCUAAGUUCUUUGAUAUUCAAACUGUAGAAAAUCAGGGUAUGAAAAAAUAA